UUUUUUGCUCACUUCCGCAUCUCAGGUAAAAUUUACCACGUCACGGAUGACUUGCGACUUUGUACAGCUAGGGAAAAAAGAAAGACAAAAGGAGAAAAUUAUUUCCAGGCAAAACAUUUUACCUCUCACAACUUCUGAAAAUUUGUAUGAUUCUUAAGCGGACGAAAUGUGUGGAUUCGAUAAACUCAAGGGGCCGCGACGACUAAUGAAGAAAGGAAUAACACUGAUUUUCGUUGGCCACAUAAACUUACUCUUGGGUGCAAUUGUUCAUGGCUGCAUUUUGCGUCAUAUUUCUAAACCGAACGAUAAAAUCACGACCGAAUACUCUGCUGCCAACGUAAUAUCUGCGACUUCAGGACUGCUGAGUAUUGCAACUGGCAUCAUUGCUGUUUUGGUGUCUAAAAAUCUCUCUAUUUGGAAAAUGCAUGUGGGUCUUCUGGUAUCAUCUUUCCUGAAUGCCCUGUUGUCUACUGCCUGCUGUGUGGGUCUGCUCCUGGCCAUCACUCUCACCAUUGAAGGGAACGGUCACAGUCUUAUGGUGGGCUGCAACUCCACUGGCCUUCCCAUCAGCCCCCACUCGUCUUUCAUGACAGACUGCCCCUUUGACACCACCCGCAUCUACGACACCACUCUGGCCUUGUGGUUUCCCAGUGCACUGCUAGCAGCAGUGGAAGCAGGACUGUCCAUCUGGUGCUUCAUAGUAGGGCUAACUCUGAGGGGCCUUGGGCCCUGCAUGCACACCUAUCUAAGAGAGCAGACAAUCGACGGCAUUGGCAUGGAAAACUGUGUAGCAUUUGAUCAUUUGGUACAGAUGCUGCUUUACAGGUUAUGUCCUGCAUGAGGCAACAGGAUAACAUGAUUCACAUCUAGGGUUUUGCCUUCCAUUUAAUCCACAUAGCUGCCCACAGCCUCACAGCAUUUGAAAAAAGUUGACCACGCACACAUAUGCACACAUGUACCUGCUGGCCAAGAGUGGAACACAUUGCAAAUAAUAUUUUUACUGAACAUUUUUGUUUCUUUUUAACUAGCAAAUUGAAUAUUUUAUAAGAAAUUAUUGGAAUGAUUGUAGUCAAGGGUGCUUGUGCCUUGGUUCAAAAAUCAUGAUGCAGUAGCAUAUGACAUCAGGUCACAGGGAGUGGCAUAGUGAGUCCAAAAUAGUGAAUAAAAGGAUAUCAGAGUUUUUCUCUUCAAGCAGCCCAAAGGUAGCCAGGAUGUGGAUGUCUUCCACUACCGAAACCAUAGCCAGUCUGAAGAAAAUGUUCUCAAUUUGCUUCAAAUUUGGAGGCAAGACCAACCACCACCACAGCGGGAAGCAAUAGCGCUCCGCGGCGAUGCUAUUUUUAGCUCUUCAACAUAAGGUCCGGUGACACUCAAUAACCGGAAGUCAGACAACAAAGCAGUCGCAUUAGUACACUCGUCUAUGGAGAAGGCGCCAGAAUUGGUAACAUUGCAAGCUUUCAGUAAGAAAUUUUGAAAGAAAUCAUGGUUUAUAUUUAAACAUUGCUGUUAUGCGACAUGCAAUAGCAACAGUCGGUACGCAGACCGACCGUUUAUGGCGGGUGUAGGAUUUAUAAACUUCCCUAAACCCAAGACGAAACCGGAGAACAGCCAAAUUUUCUCCUGGAAGAAGAUUUGGAACUUUAGAGCAAUCGUUUCAGGCAAGCUGGUUUUCAAAGUGGUGGAGGCCACUUUUGGACUGCUUUUUGCUUUUUCUGCUACAAAGCGUGAGAGUAAAGGGGUUCCAGCACAUUGAUGGAAAUUUUGCUUACAACGGGAGGAUUUUAAAAUUGGCAUAAAGUGACGACAAAAUUUGGCCAGCAUAGAGUGCUUUAUCCCUCAACAACAAAUCAAUUACUUACUCCCUGAUCAGAUUGAGAGAGAUCAGCAAAUUGCCAGGAAAGUUUCAGAACUGCUUUUUAGAUCUAUCAAAUUCCUUAGCCAUUAAUGGACUACCACUGAGAGGCUAUUGGAACCAUGAUCGAGUUCACUGGCAACUUCUGAUGUAGCGGAGGUAUGCUUUGCCCAGAGCUCGUGAAUGGCUCCAGUGAAGAGACAAUUGGAUGUCCAAUACCAUUCAAAACUAUAUAUUGCAAAGCUUUGCACAUGCAGUUAGGAGAGAAAUGGUUUCUGAGCCAAGAGAGCAUACAUUACAUGAACUAACGUGAUGGCACCAUCGAUGUAGGUGAAUCUGAAAAUUUCCCUGUAGUCUGAGUAUUUCAAUUCAAGCUUAAUAGGAGUGAACAUUUUCCUUGAGCUCUACAAUGCCCCAGAUUACACUGCAGAGACUCUAUUUUACUGCAUCAAAUAUGCCUUUAUGCAUCUAAACUUGCCCAGUGAGUGCCUUGAAGUAUUUUGUUUUGAUGUGGCAAGUAGGCUAUUUCUCAGGUGUCCAGGCUAAAUUGAUAGAACCAUGCCCCGCUUCCCAAACCAAGUAUUUACAAACUAACUAUGCAUGAUAAUAGAUAAAUACAUGAGAGCACUAAGGUCAAAAUGUAUCUGUGUGUCUUAUUAUCUGGUGUAUUUACAAUGUUUUAUUGCCUUAGAAAGGAAAAAGUAACAAGAAUCUAACAAAAAGUUAUUCAAACUGAGUGUUGUAUCCUUGUGCACAAUAGCAAAUUCAGUUGUGUUGUAAGCCCAUGUCAUAACAGAAAUAAUUUUAAAAACUACUGCUUGUAUUUCUAUGCAGUAGCUUAUCUGAAAAUAAUUCAUCUAUUUAUAGCUUACCUAAACCUGAAACAGUUUAUCAGCUCACAAAAAUUAUACGUUUUGUUUAGAAAAAAACAUUGCGUUGAUGGUUUGUCUUCCAUAGUUAGUUUGUGCUUUAAAAGUAUUAACUCCCACAAGGUCCCAAAAAUUGAAAGGGAGUGAAUUAGGUGCUUGACAACCAGGAGGAACGGUAUGUUGUCAAUGGUCAGCCAGGGCAGCUGAUGUUGCUAGUGUUCACGCUAUGCAGAUACAAUGGGGUACUUAUAUUACAGUGUUUUAGCCAGCAAUACCAUACAGGCCUUUCUACAGUUCACUUGCUUUAGUAACUACUUAGCUUACCAUGCUUUAGCCAGCAGGCUAAUAACAGUAAGUCCAAAUCAGAUCCUACGUCAAUAACCACAUAGUUACGCAUGCUUAGCGUUGGUUGGAAUAAGUACACAUGACACACCUGACACCAAUGAUGCAAACGAUUUCACAACUUGCAUCACCUUACUUGCGCACCUUUUAUUUUUAAAUGCAGGCUGAGUGUUGCACAAACAUCUUUGAAAAGCCUAUCAAUGGUGUAUGCUAUGUAGAAAUUCACCUACAAAGGACAGAAGGUGACUUAUUUCUGAGCAGUUUUUCACUGAAGUGCGAGAAUGAGCUUGCAUGACCGAGUUGGGUUCUUCCUUCAGCCGCUGCAUGACUCUUGUCACUAAAGACAAUAAAUUGACAAAAUGUAAGCAACUGGCAUAUGCCUAUUGGAUUUUUUUAGUAUCUGCACUGUAGGGAUUGCAAAUAGCACUUAUGUCAUUAAAUAAAUGAUAAGGAAUUGCUUGUGUACUACUGUGCUGGAGCGGAGGCCGGUCAGACUGGUCUUUUAUUUGUUUCCUUCAAUUUGUUCAAAGUUUGAAGGACUCAAAUUAACAAGUUGAACUCAUUGUGCUGAAUGUACUGAAUGACUCAAAUGAACAAAAUGUACUGAAUGACUCAAAUGAUGUAAAUGAACUGAAUGACUCAAAUUACUCAAAUGAACAAAAUGUAUUGAAUGACUGAAAUGAACUGAAAGAUUAAAUUGGUACGAAAACUUGAAUUGCCUACUGAACAACUCGUUGAGUGUAUGGCAAAGGCCUACUAAUGCCUUGUGCGAGCAGAAGCGAGACAAACAGAACCAGGAAAUGCUAUAUGUUCGGUGAAAGAAGUGUUUAGAUUUGUGAAAAAUAAUGUCACAUGGAUGUUUAUAAUGACAUUAAUCACAACCUUGAUGACAACUUUAACUUUUUAAACAGUGUUAUGGGAGCAUAUUCUCCUCUUUGGUAAAAAAAAAUAAAUUAGCAUGGGUAUUUCUUUAAACAAAACCCAAUGGAUGCAGCCUGUCAGGCUAUAU